CUCCAGAUUCACCUCCCCAAUUCUCUCACACACCUCGCUCGCUCACAUCCAAUCCUCAUCUCUCGCCUCACAUACAUUGAAAAUAUCACACCACACAAUCUGCACGAACCACCUCACCACACAAAAAACCAGGCAACAAUGGCAAACCCAGACGGAGAACCCGAAGCAGACAUCGACGCCUCCCUCUUCCAAGACCCCGCCGAUUUCUACCCGCCGACCCCACCCCCGACAACGCAAUCCUACACGACACUCGCCGGCGCCACCAUCACGCUGCACCUGGUCGGUCACUCCCCGCUGGAGGCCCACCACCUCUGGAACGGCGCGCGCGUGGUCGCGUCGCACUUCGAGGCGCAACCGCACCUGGUCCAGCACCGCACGGUCCUGGAACUGGGCGCCGGCGCGGGCCUGCCGAGCAUCGUGGCCGCGACGCUGGGGGCGAGGAAGGUGGUCGUGACGGAUUAUCCGGAUAAUGAUUUGGUGGAAAACAUGUGGCGGAAUGUGAGGGGGUGUGAGCUCAUUCCGGGGGUCAAAGAUGAGGGGAAAGAGAAUGACCAUGAGGAGGGGUUGAAUAUCGUGGUGGAUGGGUUCGUGUGGGGGGCUGAUCCGGGGAGACUGUUGGGUUAUUUACCAGCAGAGGAAAGGGGAAGGGGUUUUGAUGUGCUGGUGUUGGCGGAUCUGUUGUUUCGGCACUCGGAGCACGGGAAUAUGCUGCGCACGAUCGAGCAGACGCUCAAAAAGAGCCGGGCGAGCAAGGCGUUUGUUGUGUUUACCAGCUAUCGGCCGUGGUUGCAGCACAAGGAUUUGGCGUUUUUUGAUCUGGCGCGGGAGCGAGGGUUUGUGGUGGAGAAGGUGCUGGAGAAGAAGAUGGAUCGGCCGCUAUUUGAGCGAGAUCCGGGGGAUGUGGAGGUGCUCAAGACGGUGACGGGUUGGGUAUUGUCGUGGCCAGAGGAGGCUUGCGAGGUGAGACGUGAUAAUGACAAAGACAGAGAAGAGCUGUGACGGCAGCUGUGACAGAAACUGCAUGUAUUAUCACGAUUACGGGGUAUCACGCUACGCUCCCACUAUGUUUCCCGAACAGACAAAAUGGCGACUAGUCCAACUCCAACGACAGCAUUACUUCACGGCAGAACUUGAUGCAGGCUCGGUGGCCUACUCGAGUAUUCUGGAGGCACCUCCGGUGCACGCCAUCCAUCAGAUACCAGGUAGUUCUCAAAGCCAAGAGACGAAGUGGUCUCGACAGAGGACCGGCCUCUUGGGGCUGUAAUCGGCUCAGAGCGGUCGGGGUAGCUUGCAUGCCCCUGAACCAGCCCAGCGACGACGGGGAGAUAAGGCGGUGGCGGCGAGUGUUGUCUCCUCGGCGUUGUGGGGACACUCGUCUCGACGUGGGCGGGUGGACGAGGGAUAGCCUGCUCUACAUCGCUGGCGGCUUCCACCUUUGCAUGCACUGUUGGGGUUGGCCUCUUUGCCCG